GAGCUCAUGCGGCCGGUGGUGAAAGUGGCGAAUAAUACGAGCACUCGGGCAGCGGCGCGAGACGGACGCGGGCGUGCUAGCGGGCCCGACGUGGCGGAAGCGAAUUGAAAAAUAUCUCGCCUUGGUUAGAAUACGGGUCGCAUAUGUUGCGUUCGCGGCUAGCGCAGCGCGAUUAUAGUGACAUGAAAUUACCGUAAAUAAACGCUCCGUGUUCUAAGUGUCAACUUGAUCGUGUUUUGUUUUUAUCAAACAUGUUAAAUAGUAGCGACGGACGUAAUAGAUAGGAAAUAGUGAUGGCUAGCAGCGGAGGAGUUGAGCCGGCGAGCUUGGAGUACAUGGAGGAUCCUUACUUCUUGCCGCCGGACGACGACUCGACGCCCAGCUUCGAUGUGGCCGUGGACGAGCUGGACGAGUUGGAGGAGCGCGCCUGGCCGCAGGCCGACCUGGACGCGUCCUGGCGCGCGCUUCCGGAUCUCGCAGAUGCAGCACUGUGCAUUGAAACAGAAUUCUACAUGGACAAUCGGCGCAGAAGGCUCCGCAUAUUUAAGAAGAAAAUGCGUGAAGUUAGAGUCACCUUCCAAGAUUUAUCUAAGCCAUAUCUUGCCAAAGUGUCCAGCCACACGAAUUAUAAAAAGUUUUUAGGUAUCACACCGGGAGCUGAAGAAGUGAUACCCGGCGCGGGCGCGGGCGCCGGCGGAGACACGCAGACGCCCGACGAGCUCGUCGGACUCACGCCCGAGCAGGCCGAGCAGCUGCGCGCAGAGUGGAGUCGUGAGCUCGCUCGCGUCGACGAUGAGAUCGCCACCCUGCGCACCGUGCUCAACAGCAAGAUGCGUCAAAGCUCCGAACUCAAAAGAAAGCUCGGCAUCACAGUGUGGAAGGAGAUUACUGAAGACGUCAAUCAGGGUUUUAAAAAUGUGAAGGAAAGCCAAGUCUAUCAAUCAAUAGAAACUCGCGUGGCAGCGCUUACUCAAGCUGUGACCGAAGCACCAAUAUACCAAAAAACAGAAUCUGUGAUAAAAUCGACGGCGGAGAAGACCACCUCGAUCCUGGGGGGAAUCACCGCCGGCGUGUCCACCAAGCUCGGCCAGAUGCGCAACUCCGAGUCCUUCCGCUCCAUCGAGGAGCGCGUCGGCUCCGCCUACGAGAACGUUAAGGGCAAGGUGGCGUCCCGGUCGAACUCGACGCAGAGCUUUGACGAGGCGCUGCGCGACGCCAGCCGCGCGGCCAGCGGCGCCGCCUCGCCCACCAUCCCCGAGCACCAGCCACUGCCCUAGUGUCCUACUGUCCUAGUGCGGCCACACACACCGGACACCAGGGCUCCACUACCGACCGACUUCACAGGCGAUUCACUAAGGGCCACUUGCACCGACCACAAAUAGCGGAAUUAUCGACGUCCCUCUGCGGUGAACUAUGAUGAUAUUUCUCAUACGAUAAAAUUUUACAGACAGACGGCGCGGUGUGACCGACCCUAACUCGACCAUGUAUUGCAACGUGCAUAAAAAUGUUGAAAAUCUUAAACGCAUAUUCCAAAAACUGUUUUUGGAUUAUUUGGGUCCUGGCGCUAUAAUUACGGCGUCGGCGUCCGAGUUACGGAAACGUUUAUAUUAUACGUAUAACACCAGUACUAUGUCUAAGCAAGUGUGAUUGGAUUUUGCAACUAGUUGACACUCGGGGUGGUCCGCACACGCUUCACGUAAUCUUUCUUAAAAUGCUUGCACUUUAAGUUAACACUAGAGUUAGGGUGGUAUUCUAUCUGUCCAAUAUCUUGGUCCAAUGUUUUUUUGCGUCCCACAUUUUGCCUAAUAAGAGAGUGAGACGCAAUGCACAUUGCACAAAUAAAUUGGAUAGGUCUAAUACCAUCCGAACUAUCCGAUCAUUGGCUUUGUGACGUUUGGGGUAUUUUAUGAUAGUUUGCAAUCGAGUAUUCUAAUAUUUAUACAUUAUUUAUUCUAUGUCGCCGCCGGUUGGGCGGUAGCGUUGUGGCGAAACUACAAUAAUGCUGAUAGGACACCUUAAUUCGAACCCCAUUAUUACUCGUGUUACGUUAUUUAUAUUAGAAUUAAAUGUACUUAAUGGGGGAUCAGUGUUACGCUACGAGGUGUCCUAUUAAAGGGAUAGAUGUCGACUACUAUUUAGUUUCGUUAGUUCUUUUUGGCCCAUGACUAAUAGUUAUAUCACUGUUUAGGAAAUAAUAUCAGUUAGGAGAACGGAUAUACUCGUAUAACGUUUGUUUCACCAAUCAUUUAGAAGGUCCCUUCUAGAUGUUCCCUCUUUACAAGUUAUUGGGCAUAUGCAUGUAGUGAGUGAACGUUGGACUCGUCAAGACUGCCUGAUGGCCUCUAAUCACUUUAAAGGCUUGGCCAAACACAUGGCGCGACCGCCGCCCAUGCUAACAGGUUAGCGACCUCAAACAGACUGCGUCCCGCCGCGCCGGCAUCGCGCCCCGCGCGUCCACGCGCGCGGACGCGGCGCUGCGUCACGCCGUGUGUUUGGCCAAGCCUUAAAGCAGCGGUCGGCAACAGGCGGCCCGCGAACCUCUGACUUGCGGCCCGCGAGCCUACCUGGCUAUUUUGUAUGUAGGUAAUUAUGACAAACGACAAAGAAAUGUCUGAUAAAGUCACAAAUAUUAACAAAGUGCGGCCCGCUUCAACUUCGUUAACUACUAUGUGGCCCUUAGUUGCUAAAAGGUUGCCGACCGCUGCUUUAAAGGGUACUUCAUUAUAUACUUGUAUCUAAAAUGCAUUCCACGAAAGUUACUCAAUUAUAAAAGUGUCUAUUUAAUGUUUUUAAUGUUAAAUUUUUUAAUAAACGUUGGUACGCUGAUGAAGGAUCGCAAUAGCCCCCCCCCCGGCCUGCCUGGUAUAAUAUGCCUGUUGAACGACAACACGACCUCGCCAACGUCUCUUAGGUUGGUUUGGAAACGAAUAAAAUAUUUUUGUAAGAUGCUUAGCUUUCCUUUACUUAUAAAAUAUUUCCACUAUUUACAUCAAAUACCUUAAGAAUGGUAAAUAAAAUUUAUGUAUAAAA